UCCUUUUGCGACGAAAGCUCAUGAUACAUGUAUUUGUUUAAUGAUUUAUUCUUUUUUUAAAUUGUUCAUGCACUGGGGUGUCAAGAUAUUUGUUAGUUGUCCUUCAAUUUUUCGCGAGGAUAAUUGUACGUUUGGUUUUUAAAAUGAUGUUGGGGCCCUUCUAUGCAAAAUAAAUAAUUUCGAAAGUUGCCCCUGGAUUUCAACAAGAGCCUGCCUACAGCUACAAGAGUUGAAGGAGGGGGUAAAGACUGAAUCAGACAGGAAAAGAUGAGAGACAUCCAGAAUGGACAGUCCUGAUGCUGAGGGGAGCAUCACUAAGAGUAAGAGAGGCACAGAACAACAAGAUGGGAAGACAACUGGUUGCCAAUAUUCUGUGUUUGUGUUGACCCGACUGCAAGGAGAUUAAAAGUAAGUUCUAAACUCCUUGCCCGACUGCUGGUUAUUUCUUCUUUUUUUUUUACAUUCGGAUCUGCUGUAAAGUACUUUAGUAAAGUAUACUAGACUAGAUCUAGUAUGCUGUUCUUCCUUGACAAUCACGACUUCCCAUGUCCCCUCUGACGUUUUUUUCCCCUUAUCAUGACACUUUCCAAGACCUCCUAGUCUUAUCUUUUCUCCUGGGUGGCGGUCUUGGCUAACUUCAACCAGAGAGCUGCUUCGACUGAUGAUUGAGAUAAUGUAUGAAAAGCUCAGCAAAAAUAGCGAACGGUGUAUCAACGAAACAUCAUCGGGGUAAAAUAAUUUGACUGUUCGAACUAGAUUCUAGUCACACCCCACCCAUUAAUAGACCUCUCGCCUCUCUCCACUAGGCCCAGCAUAGAAACAAACAAGUGGGUUGUUGGCUGUUGGGUCAUUACCCUGCUGCUUGGCUUUGUCCGAACUAAAAGUUGCGUGAUGUGACCCUCUUCUCGAUGUUGAAAUUGUAUCAUGUAUGCCAAUAGCGAUAUCAUCUUUAACUGGAUUCUACAGCAUCAGCAGUCAUAAAGGCAAAGACCUAUAUUGUAACAUUGGUCUUUUCUUUGUUUCCGAACUCCGAGGAGACCUUUUCCCAUUUUUCCUCGUUCUUUUUCUGGUUCUCACAGCAUACAAGACAACGGCUGGUAACUUAAUAAAUAAGGGAAGAUAAUAAUUGUUCUAAAAGAAUGAUCAAACUAAUUUAUAAUCACUGUUCUUCUAUUGCAAGGUUGCAGUGUUCUAGGAGGUGAGAAGUCAGAAGUAAACAGACUUCUCCGAACAUCAGUGUUGUAGAGCACAUUAUUGUGGGGGUGAUGCUGCGUCUACUCUGAAGGUACUGCGCACACUCACACCAUGAUGUAUCUAGCUGUGGCCAGAUACGUCUUUAGUAUUGGGUCUGUCGCAAGACUAGCCUAGGUCAGAGGGGCUGGUCAUGUGCAUAGUCUCAGCCUGCCCGGAUGAUGUCUCCUGUUCGACGUAUUUUGACUUCCACUUCUUUCCACACUGGUGUGCCAUCUCAUAUCCAAAGAAUGUUAAUGAAAACCACUCAAUUGACGUUAAGGAACAAAGUGUCUUUCAUCGUUGGAAAUAGAAGCAGUGUGAAAAUUGGUCAAAGAAUGCGAGUGUGUAUUUCAUCUUUACUCCUGGGCGUUCCAGUUGCAUGUAUCAGCAGUGAAAUGUUUACAAAGUUUCCAUUUAAGGUAUUUAACCACCUGUUCUACGUUGCUCAAUGUGAGACGAUGGACAACGCUGUCAUUAUGGUGAAGAAGGAUGAGCAGUUCUGUCCGUCUUUGCAAGAGAGGAUCGUAGAAAGGCUGCUUCUGUGUCUGAGGGCCAUCCAUCUGUCCGUCCUGUUCUUCCCACUUUUGGUGUUGUAUCCCGUGUCAUAUCUUCAUGUGUCUUGCUUUCAACUCUGGUUGAGUUUGUUGUACCGAGCAACAGAACGGUCUGGUGCAACGUUCAUCAAACUGGGUCAGUGGGCAAGCACAAGACGAGACCUGUUCUCCCCCGAUUUUUGUGAGUGUUUCUCUCGUCUCCACCACAGAGUGCGACCUCACGCCUGGUCACACACGGUGGAGACUUUGAAAGAAGCGUUCGGCAGCAAUUGGCGGUUGAUCUUGGGACUGCAAGAAAAACAGGAGCCAAUCGGGUCUGGAUGUAUUGCUCAGGUCUACAAAGGGAGCAUUCCUUCAUCCUUUGCAUCAAGUGAAAUUACGAAAGAAAUAAGGGAUGAAGAUGAUCAUCAAAUUUUUUAUGAAGAAGGUGUUGAAGUGGCAUCUCUCCCAGUGGACAGCCACACCGAUGCGCUUUCAACGGCUAACACAAAUAACUCAGACCCGGGGACGUCAGAUGUCAUUCCUGUGGCCAUCAAGGUGCUUCAUCCCAACAUACGAGAGACAUUCCACCGAGACCUGGUUUUGAUGGCGGCAACGGCGAAGUACCUCACAAAACUAUUUCCCAAACUUCACUGGGUCAACCUCAACCAGUGCGUGCAAGAGUUUUCGGAGACCAUGAAUAGACAGCUGGACAUGAGACACGAGGCCCGAAAUCUCCAGCGUUUUACUCGCAAUUUCCAUAAUGUCUCAAGCAUUCGUGUUCCUCAACCCAUUCCUGCCUUGGUGCGUCGAAACAUUUUGGUGGAAACAUUUGAAGAGGGGAUCAGCGUCGGUCAGGUGGUCAGUGACCACAGUUAUCCUACAGAACUCCGGGAACAUCUGGCCAAACUUGGCAUGGACCUUCUCAUGCGCAUGGUGUUUGUCGACAACUUAGUUCACGCUGACCUUCACCCUGGGAACUUGCUGGUUCAGAAUCUGGAGUCGUUCCACAAGGAGAAAACUGCAGUUGUUGAGGUGGAUGCCCUGGAUGUGAUGGUGGUGGACGUGCGGCCAAUGGAGGAGUCCGCCGUGAGACUGGUGCUACUGGACUGCGGCAUCACCACGUCGCUGGAACCCGAGGACAGGCUCAAAUUUAUGGAGGUCUUCACCGCAGUGGUGAAGGGAGAUGGUGUUGCCGUGGCCGACUUGUUCCUGUCUAAAUCUGCCGUCAAUCACUGCACGGACAAAAACCUCUUCCGAACAGAGAUGUCUCAGGUGGUGUUGAAAGGCAGACAGAACUUGUCAAGUAUAUCCAAGAUCAAGGUCGCGGAACUGAUGCAUGAAGUCUUCGAUGUUCUCAGCCGUCACAAAAUCCAACUGGAGUCAAGUUUUGCCACCAUUAUCUUAGCCAUCGCUAUGCUGGAAGGUCUCGGGCGAUCUUUAGACCCAAAUUUGGACUUGCUACAACAAGCAAGACCGAUUGUACUAAAUUCCGCUUUUCGAUAAAGUGCUUCUAAUUCCCAAGAGUAAGAAAGAGCUGAUAGUAUCAAGAUAGAAAUUUAUAAUUUAUAAUAAAUGUACAAAUAGUUCAGCUUUCAACUGUCUUCCUUUCAUUGACACAUCAAAAGUUUUGAGAAAUACUCCCUACCAUAAAUCACUUAUCAAUGAUACUUUUAGUAGCUCAGGUUUGCUUUUAGUUUAGUCAAACGCGCAACAUUUUUGUUAAUGGCUCGUGUAUCUUCACAAUGUACAUAUGUGAUGCAGCGUAGUGAAAUCAGGCGUCAAAA